AUGGAUAAAUGGAUAUACAAAUUGACUAAUACUUUGCUCAUCAGACGCAGUAACUCUCAGAAAGCUUGGUCACAGGGAAACCCAAUCACUCAACGAUCGUCAUAUGCGCAGCAGAACGGCAACAUGCCCCAGAAGCAACCAGUCUCGUCUAGACCCUCCGCGAAAGAGUCGAACACGCCUGAUAACCAUGCACAUGAUCGCCUUGUGUUUUUGCUCACGAGUUUCAUUGGGUUAACUGCGACGGUCACAACCAGAAAUGGAGAAAAGUUCACUGGAAUCUUUUCAUCUGCGUCUCUGGAGUCCAGCGAAUCUGCAUUCCUCUUAAAAAUGGUGCGGCGGUCAAUCAAGCAGGAACAGCAUAGAGCGAACGGAAUGAGUGAGGCUUCGAGCCCGUUCAUGGGCACCGCACCGGAUCAUAGUAUGUCCUUUGACGUCAAAGACGUCGUCGAUAUCUCAGUAUCCGAUGUUUCCACCACUGAUGUCCUUGCGAAGGCCCCGAAUGGCGCCUCGGUAGGCUUCAAGACUGAUACCGAUAUUUCUGGCAAUCUCUCAAUCCGUGAGCGAACCUUGAAGCGCUGGGAGCCAGCAGCGGACACGGAUGUGGAUUUGUCCCUGGAAGGCGCGAACGCCUCAUCUGGAUGGGAUCAAUUCGAAGCGAACGCAAGACUGUUCGGCGCUACCAGUAGCUAUGACGAGAACAUCUAUACAACUAGGAUCAACCGCUCAGAUCCUGCUUACAAGCUGAAGGAAGCAGAGGCCGCUCGGAUCGCCCGUGAAAUCGAAGGCACUACAACGGACAAUGCCCAUAUCCGCGAGGAGCGCGGUUUGGUGUCCGCAGAUGAUGGGGACGAAGAAGAGAAGUACAGCGGCGUCCGACGUGAUGAAAGAAACUUCCCGCCCCUUAUUUCUGGACAACCAAACAAGUACACCCCACCUGCCAGGAGGCAGAACGCCACUCAGCCUGCUGCUGCCACCCCCUCUGCAGCCCCUGCCCGCUCAACUCCAAGCGUCCCGAAAGACGCUGUCACUCCUACGCCAAAGGAGCCUGCCCAGACACAGGCCCAGCAAACGCCAUCGAGGGUCACUCCAGCACCCGCUCCCGCCGCUGAUGCGGAGAAGAAACCUCCGGUAUCGAAGUCCCAACCCGUCCCUACCGUCCCCGCUCCCAGUAAUGCUACUGCCAACGUUGAGGUCGAGGUGCUGGAUUCUUUCCGUCGCUUCGCCAGCGAUGAGAAAGCGAAGAUGCAGGAACGCCGCCGUAACCAGGCCUCAUACGAUCGAACGAUCAAACUCAACGAGCUGAUGAGGUUCUCGAAGAACUUCAAGUUAGCUACCCCUGUUCCCAAAGACCUAGUGCCAAUUCUUGCGAAGGACCCCCACAAACAGGAAGAGAUCAUUCAACGAGCCCAGCAACAUGCCGAGGAGAAGACGGCAGUGAAGUCUUCCCCAGGGUCCGUGGAGCAGAAGCCAGUUACUCGCGCGCCUGCGGCUACUGCCGCUCCUCCACCGGCCCAGACCGACCGUUCCAAUUCCUCACGCGGUCGUCAGAUGUUCCCCCCCACUGGUCCCAAUGGUGGUCCUACUGGGCGUCUUCCCCAGCAGGCCAUGCAAGCGGGUCGUCAAGCCACUGGAAUGCUUGGCCACCGUCUGGCUGAUAAUUUGCAGCAGAGAAGAGGCGCUGCAAUGGGAGCGGUUCCUGCACCCUUGCCCAUCAAUGAGGUUCGCAGCCCGCCAACCGGACCGGCGGGUGAUCAUCCUACUGUAACCAGCCCGAGCAAGGCGCAGACCCCGACUUCGGCUGUCUCAACCAAGUUCAAUGUGAAAGCUAUGGAGUUCAAACCCAACCCUGCGGCCAAUACUUUCACACCCGGCGCCUCCACCGUCUCUCCUCCGUUCGUUCGUGGGCGCUCUGUCUCGAGGGCUACUAGCCCAUCUGCGUUUUUCGGUGCGAAGAAGCCAUCUCCAAUUUCGGAACGCCCAUCCCUCAGCGAGCACUUCAAUCCUAUCAAGCGCAUGAAGAAAGAAUGCUCAGAAAAAAGCGAUAAGGACUACACUUUCAAUGGUGGCAUUCCCCCGGCCUACAAAACAUCGCCGACCUGGGAUGUAUCUGCUGGCAAUGAGGACAAGACGUACUUGCAAAUGGUCAAGCCACCUAUUUCCGUGCCGGCUAUCUCCCCUCAGAACCGUUCUGCAUCGAAUUCGUCAAUGCCUCACCAGUCCCAAAUGCCCUUCCAGUAUCAACAGUCUUCUCAGGGUAUGCCCCCCACUACUGGCCCGCCGCAUGGCCCUCAUCUUCAUCCUCAGCAGCAUCAUGGUUCUGGUCCGCCUCAUUUCGAUGACCCCCAUCGUAUGCAGAUGUCGGCUUCUACAUCUCAAAUGUUUCCUUCACCUCGCCUUCAGCAUGGUUAUCCUUCCCCCAUGGCACCCCAUGCUCAGUUGGCAUUCGGACAGCCUAUGCCACAAUUUUACGUCAGCCAAGGCGGUCCACAGCCCGCGCAUAUGAGACAUUAUCCUGGCACUCCUCAAUUUGUCAAUCCACAAUCUGGCAUGGGUGCACCGAUGAUGGUUCAGCAGCCGUCUAGUGGGCCCUACAUGGGGGUUCCUCAGGGCGUGGCUCCCUAUACUCAAAUGCAAAUGUAUUCGCCCAACCCUGGCCAUGCUUAUCCUCAACAUGCACCGCCCCCCCAACCUCACAGCGGCUAUCCUAGCCCUAGCCGUGGUGCCCCAAUGAUGAUACACCAGAACUCUCAGCAGGGCCAGCCCCCCCAGCCAGUCAUGUUCAUGUCUCCUGGACAGCAUGGGCAGCCAGUGCACCCUUCCCAGCAGCCAGGUCACAUGCCCCCGGUUCGAGGCAAUUAUCCUCAGCAGCAGCAACCCCAUUUCCAGUCUAGCCCUCACCAGGUGCAUCAUUACCCCCCUCACCAACACCGAACCCCUAGUACCGGCUAUAAUCAACUGCCUCAAGUGCCACCUCAGGUGCCUGCUCAGCCUCCACAGGCUGCCACCUCUGGUGCUCAAACACAGGAAAUUGCGGAUGAAGCGAAAUGA